CAAAAAUAAGCCUUUCAAAAUGUCCAGUAUUGGCCUCCUGUCAUCGCCCUCUUAUUAGACAAAGACACUCUGACAUUCUGCUGGAUGGAUCCCGCCUCCCACGGUUGCAUGUGCAACCGUCGUGGCGUUGUGUGUGACUUUAGAGACGACACAUGCAUGAAACAUUUAAUGGGUGACACACAACUCAAACUCAAAGCAUCUGAAGCUUGGUCGCAGGUGGAUGAGAUCUGUGCACUUGUACCUAACAAAGUGGCCGAUGUGAAGGCGUAAUAACAGCGUCCUCCAGUAGAGGGCAGUGUUGGCCCAACAGCUUCGCGUUCAAACGAGGUAAAAGUGGGAUUCAGCUGCUCCACACUCAGUCUGGACUCAAACCCUCAGCAGCUGCAGACGCCCGCCGUCCUAGUUCAAUCUGGUCCGUCAUGAAGAGCAAAGUGUGCUUGGUGAUCUGGGUGUGUGUGUGUUGUGUCACGCCUGCGUCCUGCUGGCAUGACCUCGAUAACAGUGAGUACGACUGUUGGCCUCUGGACCAACCCAAUGAGUCUAACAUGAUCAGCUGCGGAGGUCUAGAGAUGGCAUGGGUGCUGCGGCCUCCGGAGAUGGUGAAGAGCGGCGAGGUGUUCAACGUCAUCUACUCGGUCUCUGCCCACGACUCCUUUUACAGCUGGGCCGCCGACAACAGCGUCUUCCCUCACAGGUCCAUCGCCAACGCGGAAGAUGCUCGGAGGUUCUGUGAACAUCACGAAUGUCCCGCCAACUGGAAAGAUGCCGACGGUGAAAACUGCUGCAUUCAUCACGCCAACAUCCACUCUUGCCCAUUGGGAUACAUGACGUCAGAGAGCAUCUGUGGUCCGUGGAUUCCUGACGAUGGAAAGAUCUUUACUCACACCAUCUCCACAUCGGGCAAGAUGACGCAGACCAACUGGAGCGCCAAGGUGGUGCUGCUCCAUGCGGGUCUGACCUCGCUCAUCGCUCACAUCCGAGUGGGUCGCAUGCAGGUGGCACUGGAGGCCAAGAGCACUGUGCUGCCCUCUGCAGUGUGUGGCGACGGAGACUGUCAGGAGGAGGAGCUUUGUUCCACCUGUCCCGCCGACUGCGGCCAAUGUCCCAUGACCACAUCCACCAAACUGGCCAUCGGGCUGCCACUCAGCCUGCUGAGCCUCUGCUUUGUCAUGACCAUCAUGUGGCUGAGGUACCAGAAGCGGCGGCUGCUGUGGGACGAGAGCUGGCUUAUCGACUUUGACCUCAUCAAACAAGAUCAGGACGCACGAAUGACCAUGGGCAGCAUGAUGAGCGUGGCGGUGGCGCACAGCGACAGCAACGCCAGCUGUGUCACAACCCUCACUUCCUGUGCAGGCCAAACAGGAAGCAGGAAGACAACAUUCACCUGCACAGGCAUUUAUGACGGCAGGAUGGUAGCCAUCAAGAAGAUUAACAGCAAGGCCUUCUCUCUGUCCAAAACCAUUAGGCAGGAAGUCAAGCAAGUCAGGGAGUUGGACCACCCCAACCUGUGUAAGUUCAUUGGUGGCUGCGUGGAAAUGCCAAACGUCGCCAUCGUGACCGAGUACUGCCCCAAAGGAAGCCUUAAUGAUGUCCUUCUUAACGAGGAGAUCCCGCUCAACUGGGGCUUCAGGUUCUCCUUUGCCACGGACAUUGCAAGAGGCAUGGCAUACCUGCACCAGCACCGCAUCUGUCAUGGCCGCCUCAAGUCUGUCAACUGUGUCCUGGACGACCGCUGGGUGUGCAAGAUCACCGAUUACGGGCUGAAGAUGUAUCGCAGAGAGGAAGGGGCGGAGCCUCUCUCCACCUAUCGCCAGAGGCUCCAGGAAGUGUACAUGCCUCCUGAGUUUCCUGAUGUCAACGUGGAGCCCACCUUGGCUGGAGACGUAUUCAGUUACUCCAUUAUCCUGCUGGAGAUCGCCACACGCAGCGACCCUGUGCCUGUGGACGAAUCCAGUCUUGAGGGUUCGUGGUGUCCACCUCUGCCUGAGCUCAUCUCCAGCAAAUCCGACAACACCUGUCCAUGUCCUGCCGACUACGUGGAGCUCAUCCGGCGAUGUGGCUCUCACAAUCCCGCUCAGCGACCCACCUUUGAACAAAUCAGAAAGUUUGUCUACCGCAUCAACCCCGUCAAAGUCAGCCCGGUGGACAUGAUGAUGAACCUGAUGGAGAAGUACAGCAAACAUCUGGAAGUGCUGGUGGCUGAACGAACACAAGAUCUGAUGCACGAGAAGCAGAAGACUGACAGACUGCUCUACAGUAUGCUUCCCCGCCAGGUGGCGGAUGACCUUCGUCAAGGAAAGCCAUCGCAGGCUCAGAGCUAUGUCAGCGCCACAGUCUUCUUUAGUGACAUUGUGGGCUUCACACAGCUGUCCAGUAGCAGCACUCCAUACCAGGUGGUGGACUUCCUCAACAAACUCUACACCACCUUUGAUGAUAUAAUUGACAACUACGACGUUUACAAGGUGGAAACCAUCGGCGACGCUUACAUGGUGGUGUCUGGCGUCCCGCAAGAGAACGGUAUCCUUCACGCCGCCGAGAUUGCCAGCAUGGCCUUGGACUUGGUGGGCGUGUGUCGCACCUUCAACAUUCCUCACAAGCCCAACACACAACUCCAGAUUCGAGCCGGGAUCCACGCGGGUCCUGUGGUGGCGGGGGUGGUGGGCACUAAGAUGCCUCGCUACUGUCUUUUUGGUGACACGGUCAACACGGCAUCUCGGAUGGAGUCAACCAGCCUUGCGCUGAAGAUCCAGUGUAGUGUUACCGUCUUUUAUCUGCUGGAGGAGAUUGGCGGCUACGCGCUGACUUGCCGAGGAACGCUGCAGGUCAAGGGGAAAGGUGACAUGGUAACUUACUGGCUGGAGGGGAAGACAUCUGACAACAAGCCGGCUAAAAGUGUCACUGUGGAGACGUCCAAAGAGCUGGCUUUGUCGCUGCCGGGCACGCUCGAACACAGCCUUUGAGCCAACGCCGCCUCCUGUUGUUGAAUUCUUAGCUGUUAGCAGUGACCCUUGGCAUAGCAUGCUAACACUGAAUGCAUGUUCACACACAAGCGCCCUUGAAUGGUACCCUCGACCAGACUUUGAGGGCGCCAAGAUGGCUGACAGAUUGUCCUCUUCAUCACCGUCAUGUCUGUUCUUGUUCUUGAGCAUUUUGUAAUGAUGAUAAUAAUAAUAAUAAUAAUCAUCAUGACUGUCCUUCCAGUUUGUAGAACAAUAAACAUUGUUUUAAUUUUCUUCAUUUUAAACACUGUUUAGACCAUGUGUGAGUGCGUGUCUAUGCGCCGCAACGAGCACAU